AUGCCUACUCUCAAUCUGAGCGAGCUGAACAUUGUUCUUGGCGUUUUGGGUUUUUUCAUGAUUGCUUAUGGCUUCCAAUCCAUCAAGAUCAAGCAGUUGUGGUAUCUUGGGGAAGCACUCCCCGCUGUUAUCUUUGGUAUUAUUGUAGGGCCUGUGUCAACGAGGUUCCUCGACGCCACGCGAUGGGGCUUUGCCGAUCCAAACCAGCAGAGUGAAAUCACUCUUGGAAUGUGUCGGGUGGUGAUCAGCAUUCAACUUCUAAUCGCCGGUUAUCAACUUCCAGCAAAGUUCCCUCUGCAGAGAUGGAAAGAGAUGAUUCUCUUCCUCAUCCUCAUCAUGUGUGUCAUGUGGCUUUGCACUGCCGCCUGCAUGUUGGCCACGAUCCCAAAACUGUCUCUCCUCGCUGCCCUUGCCAUCGGCGCUUGUGUCACAAGUACAGACCCCGUCUUGUCCCAGUCGAUUGCCAAAGGUCCUUUUGCCGAUAAAUACGUCCGUCGUCCAUUGAGAGAGAUGAUUUCGGCCGAGGCUGGAGCGAAUGACGGCUUCGGUUUUCCUUUCCUGAUGUUGGCCACCUACCUCAUCCGACACGCAGAUCAUGCCGGACUCGAACAAGAAAUGGCUGACCACCAAGAAGCCCUGGACCUUAAAGCAGAGAGCCUGGCCAGCAAUGUUACGGAAGCAGUGGCCCACGUGGUCACCCGUGCCCUACUCGAAGCUCGGGCAGAUGAUGUUGGCCGACUUCAAGGAGGCGUUGGCAAGGCUCUGGGCUCUUGGGUCAUUGAAACCUGGCUGUACUACGUGGCAAUGGGUGCUGUCUACGGAGCUGUUUGUGGUUAUGGUUCCAUGUAUCUGACGAGAUGGGGUGUUCGAAAGAAUUGGAUUGACACAGAGGCAUUCUUACUCUGGCCAACAGCUCUCAGCUUGUUCCUCAUCGGAACAUGCGGACUCAUCGGUACCAAUGACUUGCUUGCCUGCUUCUCAGCUGGGUGUGCACUCAACUGGGAUGGCAAAUUCCUGGCUGAACUCGAAAGAAGACAUGACGAAGUGAAUUCCUCAAUCGACGUUCUCCUGAAUUUCGGUGGGUUCAUCUACAUUGGAACCAUUAUCCCCUGGUCCGACUUCAACGACCCCGACGGAACUGGCAUUACAUACCCACGCCUCAUUGGCUUGGGCUUCCUCGUCCUCUUCUGCCGCCGCAUUCCCGCCAUCUUCGCAACCUACAAACUAUAUCCCCAGAUCUGCCGCAACUGGAAAGAAGCCCUUUUCCUAGGCUACUUCGGCCCCAUCGGUAUCGGAGCAGUCUUCUAUGUCGAACACACCAAACAUCUCUUCCCACCUUCAGGCGAAGCCCUGACCGCAGAAGAAAACAUUCUCACUCGAGCCAUGGUGCCGGUCAUCUACUGGUUAGUUCUAUUCAGUGUCGUCGUCCACGGUCUAUCCAUCCCUGGCCUCAACGCAUUCCUCAAAUGGCGUGGCGUCAAACCGAUCGAGGACGAGGAAGGACCCAUCGAAGUCACUAUUCUCAGUCACAAUCAACCUCUUCCAAAGAACUCUCGUCGCAGUGGUGACUUUAGAAGACGCAACAGCAUCAUCGUCAACAAUCGUUUCAGCCGUGGUGAUCCUGAUCAAAUCCCCGUCUCUGCCAUGACAUCCUGGCCGCAGUUCAAUUACAGUCUCAACGGUCCUGACGAUACUUUGACCCGUACGACGACAAAAGACAGUCAACGCAUCAUCGACAACCGCACCAUCAGCUUCGACCACCUCGCUCCUCUGAGUCGCUCAAUAUCCAGAGACAGUCAGCGGAUUAUUGAGAAUCGAAAGAUUACGUUUGAUCAACUCCAGGAUAAGCAUAUGGUCUAGGAGAAUGUUUCAGAGAGUCGAGAGCUUUCAAGAUCUCUUUGGUUCGCCUUCUGGAUUUCACAUACGGUCCAAUCCUCAACCUAUAUAUACCAUGACAAUAGCUUUGGGCUAGCGAGUAUCAAUG